AUGACAGACUUCAAGGAAAAGCGAUGGUCUUCUAAAAGGUCAGAGAGGCUGUUGAGUCUUGUAUUUGGGGUUCUUGGGUUUUUCUGGGGCCUCGCGAUUGUUUUGGAGAUGGUUCCCGGUUGGGGUCUUGAUUUUGAUUUUGAAUCGUUGGACGGAUUUGGGAAGUUCUUUAUUGCUGUUCUAAUGGGCUGCAUUGUGGGUCUCUUUUACAUCCCAGCUACGAGGAAUGCUCGUGCCUUUUGGCUUGGAACUGAUCAGAUUCGUUCUAAUUUGUCCAUAAUUUCCUGUGGAUGGUUUGGAAGAAUGCUUCUUUAUGGCAAUUACUUGUUAGUUGUAUUCACUUCCACGCUUUGGGUUGGCCCGUUUAUUGAACUCCUCGUCUGCGAUAAAUCUGAUGGAAUCAAAGGGCUUCAUUCCAAUGGUAGGAACAGAUAUACUGAGGAGUUGAUAGGUAGAUUGGGCAUGUUGCGAUCAGAUUUCUACAAGUUCAGGGUUUGGUGCAUGUUCAGUUCUGGUAUUUUGCAAAUUUUGUCUUUGCGGCCAAAUGUGCAGAUGUUUUUAAAUGAAGCGGUACUGUGUUGGUACCAGAGAUUGCAUGCCAGUAAGGUCCCUGACUUGGAUUAUAGCAGGGCAAAAGUUUUCUUGCACAACCAUUACAUGUUUCUUGUAGUUCUGCAGUUCUUUGCGCCUGCCGCGAUUGCACUUCUCCUUCUUGGAUUAUCCCAUAUUGAUGUUAACUUGCUGGCAGAUUUCAAGUUGCCAUGUAAUCUACUGCCUUGCUCUGCUUUGGUCAAAGAAAUGGCCUUGUUUCUGGCUUGGUGGAUAACUUUUGUUUGGGCUAUAUUUACGUCAGUGAGCCUUACUCUUUAUAGGCGUGGCUUCCUGUUCGUUUCUUGA